AUGCGCCCCAAACGCCAACAGUCUUGGUUCCAAUUCGUUACAGAGGAAGUGGGGGCAUCCCUGAUCUAUGAUCCGAACUGCCUACCACAGUUGAUACACUUGACCGACGCACCACACCGGCGCCAUCCAGCCUUGGUCUCAUUCCUGGGCCGGGGUAAGAAGGAUAGAGCGUUGCGUUCCCUCUUUGCGGACAACCCAUCAAACAGCAUCUCAACCUUCGGCUUCAGGCUACGCGUGGACCAUCGCACACUAUACUCUGGACGCCCGAUUCUCUUUACAGAUGGAGACCCCAACCAAUCCCCGCAGCCGCCAGACAUCGGUGGCCUGGCGGGCGUUGAAAAGAUUCCCAUUGCCUGGGCAUCUAGCAGUGGCGCACAGAUAGUCGACACCAUAGUGACAAGAUUUCUGCUACCAGCAUCCCAUGUAGUUUGCAUCUUUGCUGAAGAUAUCGGCGGGUUGGUGGGGGUGCAGGCCCUCCUACGGCGCUGGAUCGCUAUCGGGCCACAGGCGACGCAGCCAGCACUCCGUCCACGCCUUCUCGUGGUAGUAGAGACGAAAGAAGUCACCAGCGGGGAUGAGUCCCUUGGGGAUGCCCACCUCGCUGGCGUUCUCGCCCCGCCAUCCGACGCCCCCGAAGUCUUUGCUGGAAUUCAUAUGUUGCAUGUGUCGUCAGCCUCCGUGCUCUCGGAUGAGGCCCGGUACCGGCCACUGAAAGAAGAACUGCUCAAAGCGCUGGAUGUAAUGGAGCGGGAUCGGAGCGAGUGUGGGCUACAUUUCUCGGCUGCUCAUCUACCAGGGCUCUUGGAGAAAGCGAUCCGACACACCGCGCAGGCUCAUGACAGGACGUUCAAUCUCAUUGAAAAAGCCCGACCUCCGCCUCGUCCCUUGGAGUGGACGUUUCACAUCGGUCACUUUCUGCGCCAAGGGAACAAGGUGGCAGUGGAGGCUCAAGACAUUAUCAUAUCCUCCAGCUUGAUGUUAGAUGCCUUUCCGCCAAACAUGCAUGAGUUCCAUCCAAUUGAUCUUUUCCGACAGCGCUACUGGCAGCCGUGCCUCGAUGCACUCAAGCCAGUGGUUGGCGGCGCAGCUGCCGUGCAUCGAGUGCAAUCCCUGGAGUCGCGGGUGAUCAAUAGUCAUAUUGACAUGAUUAAUCGGGGUGCGUCGGCCCUAGACCUUCAUCAAGGCCAGCAGGAGCAACAUCGCCCGCAGCAUUCCCUUGCCUGUGGUCAUGCCCUCUGCGACGCCUGUGUCGAGAGGUAUGGUCAACCACCAUCGCGGGCAGAAUCUACCUAUAUUCUUGAGGCUUGCCCGCUUUGCCGACAGCCCUGCCUGACGUCAAUAGUCCUUCUGCCACGGACUGCGGCGGUGCGAGCCCUCACUGUCGACGGCGGCGGGAUCCGUGGGAUCGUUUCCCUCCAGAUUCUGCUGACCCUUCAAAACUUACUGGGCCCGCACUGUCCACUGCCCGACCUAAUCGACGUCGCAUUUGGAACCAGUGCAGGUAUGUCUCCCCCCCAACCCCCUCCUUCCCCCCGGGGCGGCGGCGCUGUAAGCUUCCGACCUCCCGCUGUCCCCAUCUCUCGAGCUUGGCUGACCCAGUGUGACUGCUUAUAUCGACGCGCACAGGUGGCUACAUUGUUAGCCAGCAGCACGGCUGUCGAUUUCUUUCAUGGCCACGUCAGAUCAUACGCGGUGUCACUAACCGUGGGUUGUACGAUACAAACCAGGUUGAAUCGCUUCUGCGAACACACUACAGUUGCACAAGGCGACUCUUUGGGCCGGAUGUACCAACGAGUACCAAAAUCGCGGUCACCACCACCACCCAGCAUGGCCCAGUGA